AUGACGAAACUGCCUAUUCCAAUUUGGUUAGACUGUGAUCCAGGAAACGAUGAUGCCUUUGCUAUCUUAUUAUCCUUGUUUGACAGUCGAUUCCAACUUUUAGGUAUUUCCACAGUACAUGGAAAUGCCCCAAUUAGCAUGACAACACACAAUACAUUAGGGUUACUAGAUCUAUUGCGUGUCUAUAAUAAAGUUAAAGUCUACAAAGGAGCCGAAUUCCCACUCAAAGUACCUUCAAAGUUUGCAUUGGAAGUACAUGGAAAGAAUGGAUUAGCCGAUAUAGAAUUUUCUGAAAAUUCAAUCAAUGAAAUUAGUCAAGACAUGGAUUGUAUUGAAGCUAUGAAACAAACAAUAGACUUGAAUUCCGAAAAUAUCAAUCUUGUAUGCACAGGUACAUUAACAAAUGUCGCCAAACUAAUUACAAAAUACCCAGAUGUCACAUCACAGAUUAAAUGGGUCUCCAUAAUGGGCGGAAGCUUUGGGUUUGGCAAUAUUACUCCCUAUGCUGAAUUCAAUUUUCAUACUGAUCCACAUGCAGCCAAAUUAGUAAUUCAGGAAUUAAGUAACAAGGUUAUUGUAUCCCCAUUGAAUUUUACCCAUAAAGUCAUUGCCACUUCGGAAAUUAGAAAACAUAUGUAUGACGACAAUAACGAGAAACGAAGUUCUCCAAUAAGAAAUGUUUUCUUUCGUAUUUUGACAUUCUAUUACAAAGUGUAUGCUGCAAAUGGAUUUUUGGAAGGCCCACCAAUACACGAUCCAUUGGCUGUCUAUAGCUUGCUUCCAUUUUUCAAUUCAUUUGAACAAUAUGGAUAUACCUGUGCGCAGAAGAAUAUUGAUAUUAUUACUGAAGGUGUUAGAAUGGGUGAAUCGGUGAUUGUUGAAGGAGGGAAUACUGACAAAGGAGUUUAUAUUGGUGAAGCGAUAGAUAACAAAAAGUUUUGGGAUAGUAUUUUAUUGGCUCUUCAAAAUGCGGAUUUACAAACAAAGAAUUGA